AUGUUGACAAAUUUACCAAUUGAAAUUUUAGAAAAUAUAUUUUACAACUUACAACAAGAUGAGAUUUUAUCAUUAUCAUUAACAAACUCAUUUUUCCACAAAGUUUUAAAACAAAGAUUAUAUUCAGUAAUUAUAAUUGAUUCAACACCAAAAAUUUAUCAAACAAAUAGUGAUAGUUUGGUUGAAUUCAAACGGUUAGAAAAUUUGUAUAAGUUAGACAACAGGUUUAUCUAUGGGGUUAAUAUAUCAACAGUUUACCAAUUGAAAUUAUUCUUUAGAAGUUUAAAUCAUACCCAAAAUGCUAGAUAUAUCAAAAAACUUCUAAUAAAAAAGCUUCCAGAUAUACCCGACUUAACAAUAACCGAACUAUUCCAAGAUUAUCUACCAUUUAUGAGAAAUUUGAAUGAUUUUGAAUGGAAUCAUGACAAUCCAUUAUCAGUGAAUUUAUUAAGACAAAAUACUGAACUACGUAAAAUUAACGGUAAUAUAAAAACUGAAGGAAAUCCAGGCUCACUAUAUAUAGGUGAGUUGGUUUUAACUUCAUCACCAUCAUGCUCAAAUAUAAAUUCAUCAAAUUUAUUAAAAUUAGCCUUGAGAAAUAUGAACCUAACUGAAUUGCCCUCAAUUUCAACAAGUUUAAAACAUUUAAUCAUUGAUAACUGUAAUUGUAAAUAUAAAAGCCUUUCAUCUUUGAAUGUACCCAAUUUAGAAAUAUUUGAAAUUUCAAUAGAAAAUGAAGAUUGCAAAUUGAUUAAAUUUUUAUCAAAUUUAUCAAAAUUACAACAUUUGAAAUUAACUACAAACUUAAAUUUAGAUUCCUUAUUGACUUCCCUAUCAAAAGAUUUGAUAUCGUUAGAAAUCAACCAACCUUUGAAUAUACAGGCAUUAAAGAAUUUGCAGUACUUUAAAAAAUUAAGAUAUCUAAAAUUACAAAUUUUGGAAAAAGAUGUUAUUGAACUAUUACCUUACUUAUCACAAUCAAUUGUGUUUUUAUCCAUACAAAUAGUCGAAUUAACCAACGAUAAUCAUAGUCAGAAUAAUUCAAAUUGUUCCUUAAUUUCACAAGACUUAUGGUAUAAUGAAAUCAAAAAUAUGAAUAAGUUGAAAUUUCUUGAUUUUAUACUCGAAUUUAAUAGAAAAUUGGCAAGCUUAAAUUGGAUAGAAUUUAUAAACAAUGAAUCAAAUACCAUGAGUAAAUAUAUUUUUGAAAUUGAUAGGAAUAAAAUUUUAUAUAGAGAUGAAUUUGAUUUAUAUUUUAAUAAAAUUGUAAAUACAUUAUUAUGA